AUGCUUAAGGCCGUCAGCUUUUGUCCUGUUACCUGUUUGCCGAGUCUCGUGAUUAAGAAGAGUGGUGAUGACAGUCAAAAACUAAAAGAUUGCUUUUGUUUUGACGAAGAAGUGAAACCGGGUUGGAUCCAGUACGACCCUAAAAAAAUCACCGUUUUGUCUUGCAACGACAGUUUUAGCCCAUUGGGUGAGGUGAGCGCAAUCGUGAACGUGCACAAGCAAAUGAUCUCUGUAAAGAAUGAGGCCAACAUGAAGGAUUUAAGCAACAUUUUAGAGAAGCCAAUAUUGAUGUGCGUCACUAGAAGACACCAAUUUGGGAGUACCACGAAGACGGCUAGCUCAGAUUCUGUGGAAAACUUUCUACAAAAAGAACUAACUUCCAUAAAUGGGUUCGACAUCGACUUCGCAGUAAUCUUUCCUCCGGAAGUGCUAAGAGAUAAAAUCAAUGAAAGCUUGAAAACGAUGAAGAGAAAAGUUCUUAAAGGGAAAAAGUUUUGCAUCAUGAUUGACAUUAAGCGAAUUUUACAGGAGUUAACUCCCACGAACCUACAAGACAAGGAUUCUCUGGAGUAUGUUUCUUGGCAUAACACGGCAUUUUGGCUGACAAAUCAUAGCAAGCCGUUUCAUUCUCUAACGUAUGUGAAUGGCUUUCUUUUCUGGGUGGUUUUGUUUCCGUUUUCUCUAUUUAUAGCCUUGCCUUACAGGCUAACUCGUCGGUUAAUGUGUCACGACACUCGCGAAGACCUACAUACGACGCUGAAGUUUACAGCAGAAAGCGAAGACAUGGUAGCAGUGCAUGUUUGGUUCCUGGAAAGGCCGUCCCCCGGUGCUUACAAGAAAAACUCCAAACUUUUUUCUGUUUUUGCAACAAAGGUUUCUGA